AUGCAAGAAUUACCUUGCGAAUGUCUCGAGAAUCCUUCAGUUCGUCUCGACGUGGCUAAACGAUCGUGGAUGUCCGCCCAGACAUUGGUCGGAAUUGUUGUCUUCCAGCCAUACGUCAAAUACUUCACGGAGAGAGAGGAACUGGGCCAAACAACGGCGACAACAAUAAACUAUCUGAAGAAUCUACACACGUUACUGAGCUCGGCCAUCACCUUAUAUGCGCUGGAGGACGAGACUUUCCCAAAAUGUUUCGACGGUCGGCCGAGCCAAACUGUCAUUAAUCGUAUUAAACUGCUUCAGAAGAAGCUAAAAAUAUUUUAUAGUAAGAAAAUCAAACAGCAGUCGGGAGACUUGUUCCGCAGGAAGACUGCCGAAGCUCUCGUUCUCCCCGAGUACACGGACAUUGAAAACGUUAUGGCAAAAAUAGACGUUGACCUACCGCCGUUCCUUGACCAGUUGGAGGAACACUUCGGCCCCGGUGGUAUAGUCAAGGUCUCUAGCAAUAAGACGUCCACGCCAGCGCAGAAACACCUCUCCGGGAUUUGGCGAAAGGUCGUUUGUGGCUUGUCCAUCCUUCUUUUGUGGACCUCGAAGCAGAGGAGCGGUGUGGUGGCAAAUAUGUUGAUCGAAGAGUGGGAGCGCCGUAAGGUCGAGGGCGAAAAGACUGUGGUGACGGUCUCCACCCACAAGACCGGUUACAAGGAGCCGGCCACCUUAGUAAUAGGACAUGGCAAGGCCGAGCUCAUGGAACGGUACUUUUCACUACGUCAGCGGGUCAUCACGUCCGCGAAACAGUUUUUUGUGACUAACAAUGGCGAGAGAGUCACAAAAUUGUAUGACGACGUUAAUAAAAUUUACGGUUCACGCUUGUCGGCCAGCGUUUUUAGACGGAUGGUCGAAACAAAAUCCAGAGAGCACCACCCCGACUUGAGCAAGUCGGUGGCGGUUGCACUCCAGCACGGAGCUCAAGUUUUACAGGCUGCCGGACACCAAUGA